AUGGUAACACAAAUGUGUCCAGAAAAUUGUUACUACAACCAGUAUCAGCCGUACCUGCAGCAAUACAUGCAAAACCCAUUCCUACAGCAACAGCAGCAAUACUACCAACAGUUCGUGCAACCCCAGCAGCAACAACAGAAUUAUUACCAGGGCCAGGUGUGCAACCCGUACUGCCAGGGUUAUCCGGGAUGUUGUGAAUGGUCGCCUAAUGGUCAAAUCUACAACAACCCAAUCGGAUUUAACAACGGAUGUUACGCGGGAUACAACAGAGGCUGUGGAGCUCAAACCAACCAGCAGCAACAGCAAGCGCCACAACAGCAGCCACAGCAACAACCAACGCCGCAACCACAAUAUUAA